ACCUUUUCAUUGCUUAUUCCCACUCCACACCUUAUGCGACUGUUUAUUGCUUUACUACUACAGACUGACCACCCAGUCUGAAGCCAUUUAAGUUCUUUAAGUCAUUUAAGAUCUUUUUACACGGCUGCUAUUGACUAUAUAUCAGCAUUAAUUCGGCUCACGAAUCCGCGGCUGGCCGGCGUGCGAAUAUGAAUGCGAAUCAGUGACGGGUAACGGUGCUAAAGCGAUUUUAUUCCGUAUUGGGGCUUUUUACCACCGCCCAGUGUUUUGUGUAUCUUUGAUAGACACGCACGUUUUAGCCCUUAUACCAGCCGCGGCGUGUGAUCGCGAUGAAGACGUCACCACUCCUCCGGCCGAGCGAGCAAAGUGCGCAGCUACCCUCCGAGCUGCACGGCCACGAUCUCGGCGUGCUGGCGGCCAGCACCGCGCUCCCGGCCGUCCCCAGCUUCGGCGGCCCGAAUGCUUCCUCCGAGCCCGUAGCCGAGUGAUCGAUCCCGCUUCUCAGUGCCGCUGAAGCGCAUUUUUUCCCGACGCGUCUCCGCGGCAGCAGUAGCUGCUGGUUAAGGAGGCAGGACUCGGCUGUUUUCCAUGUAUUUGCAACUGCGACACGAUGUGUCAAAUUUCGACUCGCAUGGGGAUCCUGCAUCACAUUUGAUUUUAUAAGAGAAAAAGGACCCGAAGUGCUAUUUUAAACCGUAGGAUCGUGUGUCUGAUUUGCUUAGAAUCGGUGCUUUACGUUUUCUCUAGCCUUCUUCAAAUAGUCCAAGUGACGGGCCAUGGAGGAGACCCCGGCGGCCCAGCCCAGUAGGCCGGUCCGAAGCCUGAUGGAAUGGAGGAAAAGGGUUAAGUCAGAAUACAUGCGUCUCCAGCAGUUGAAGCGUUUCCGCAAAGCGGAGGAAGUCAAGUCGCUCUUUAUGUCCAACCGAAAGAAGAUCAAUGGAAGGACAGACCUUCUGAACAAGGAGUGGUCCACGCUCCGGGUGCAGUCUAUCCCGUUCUCUUCCCCCUCCGUCGGAUCCCUUCACAGCAAGAAGUGCGUGGUGGAGUUUGGUUUCCCUACCUUCCAGAACCAGACCACCGUGAUGAAGACCCUCAGCACUGUGGCUGGUAUCCCCUUCAUGUACUCCUGGUCCCCUCUGCAGCAGAAUUUCAUGGUGGAGGAUGAGACAUUCUUGCACAAUAUUCCCUACAUGGGGGAUGAGGUUCUGGAGCAGGAUGAGGCCUUUCUGGAGGAACUCAUCGACAACUAUGAUGGCGUGCACGGGGACCGAGAGGGUGGCUUCAUCAACGACGAAGUCUUCAAGGAGCUAGUGGAGGCUCUGAGCCAAUACUCGGACCGGGAGGAGGACGAGGAGGAGGGACAGGAAAGCACUGAGCCGAAGGUGGAGGAAGCCAAGGUGGUGAGGAGGAGUGUCGGCAACGGGGUGGAGGACACCAAGGCAGAACCACUGGGCCCUGUCAGGAAGAAGAAGCGAGGCCUGGCAGAUGCAAAAGAUCCGUCCUCCAGUAAGAAACUACCUCACGAUAAGAUAUUCAUGGCUAUUGCUUCUAUGUUCCCAUACAAGGGCACCACCGAGGAGCUUAAAGAAAAAUACAAGGACCUCCUGGAACCCCCCAGUCCAGUUAAGCUACCUCCUCUGUGCACCCCCAAUAUGGACGGACCCUUCGCCAAGUCAGUGCAGCGGGAGCAGUCCCUCCACUCCUUCCACACCCUGUUCUGCAGGCGCUGCUUCAAAUACGACUGCUUCCUCCACCCUUUCCAUGCAACCCCGAACAUGUACCGGAGGAAGAGCAAGGAGAUGCACAUUGAGACGGAGCCCUGUGGCGCGCACUGCUUUUUACUGCAGAAAGGGGCAAGAGAGUUUGUAGAUCAGAACAUGCUAAAGUCCCAGCGAUCACGGCGUCGACGCAAACAGACCCGGCCAGCCAGCUCCAGCUGUCCUGGCCCAUCUGUUUCUGCCGGGGAAGGGAAGGAGACCGAAAGUGACCAUGAGACCACCAGCUCUUCAGAGGAGAACUCGCGGUGCCAAACGCCCUCCAGGAUGCAGCUGGCUGGGGAUGUGGGGGAGGAGCAUGGGGAGGAGCCGAAGGAGGAGUCAAGGGAGGAGCCAGUGGGGGAGGCAGAUCUGGGGUCAGGCUGGAGUGGAGCAGAGGAAUCACUCUUCCGGGUGCUGCAUGGGACUUACUUCAACAACUUCUGCUCAAUCGCACGUCUCAUCGGCACAAAGACCUGCAAACAGGUCUACGACUUUGCCGUGAAGGAGGUGCUGAUCCAUCGCCUACCUGUAGAAGACGGCAGAAUCUCCCCCCAGAAAAAGAAACGGAAGCACAGGUUGUGGGCAAAGAUUCAGCUCAAAAAAGACAACUCCUCCAAUCAGGUGUACAACUACCAGCCAUGUGACCAUCCUGAGCACCCAUGUGACAGCUCCUGCCCAUGUGUGAUGACUCAGAACUUCUGUGAGAAGUUCUGCCAGUGUGACCAUGCAUGUCAAAACCGUUUUCCAGGCUGCCGAUGCAAGACCCAAUGCAACACCAAGCAGUGCCCCUGUUACCUGGCAGUGCGGGAAUGCGACCCGGACCUGUGCAUGACCUGCGGGGCCUCGGAACACUGGGACAGCAAGACCGUGUCCUGCAAGAACUGCAGCAUCCAGAGGGGCUUGAAGAAGCAUCUUCUGUUGGCCCCUUCGGACGUGGCAGGAUGGGGAACCUUCAUCAAGGAGGCUGUGGAAAAGAACGAGUUCAUCUCUGAGUACUGUGGAGAGCUUAUUUCCCAGGACGAGGCGGACCGACGAGGCAGGAUCUACGACAAAUACAUGUCCAGCUUCCUCUUCAACCUGAACAAUGACUUUGUCGUUGACGCCACGCGGAAGGGUAACAAAAUCCGCUUCGCGAAUCACUCCGUGAACCCCAACUGCUACGCCAAAGUGGUGAUGGUGAACGGGGACCAUAGGAUAGGCAUCUUCGCCAAAAGGGCCAUUCAGCAAGGCGAAGAGCUCUUCUUUGAUUACAGGUAUAGUCAGGCAGACGCGCUGAAGUAUGUUGGCAUUGAGAGGGAGGUUGAUGUCAUUUGACUGCCCUGCGCUGCUCCGCUUUGUCCCCUUUGUGACUGAAAUGCCAGUACUCUCUCCCAUGAUGUCAUGCACGCCGUGGUUUGUCAAGGACGACGGACACCCAGAAAACUGCGACAUAUUACACGCACCCACCUGGAGGUCAUUACGACAUUUAGUGCGUCAUGGAAAUCUUAUCCAGCGAGGAAGCAGUCAUUCAUAUUGUUAUAUGUGUGUGUGUGUGUGUGUGUGUGUGUAUACACACAUAACACAAUAUUAAUUAAUAAUACAUAUUAUUAGUAAGUAAUAUGUAGUAUACGAUUCAUACAACAGCAGUCAUUACCCUUCAUUAUUGCAUUUUUUAAAGCUUUUUCAAGGCAGGGAGAUCAGAACAGAUAUUCAAAUGUUUGUGAAUCAGGUCAGAACUGUUCUGUUUUGUUUUGACCCUUGGGAUGGCAUAUGGCAUGAACGAACAUAAGCAAUGUAAUGUAUAUGUACGUCGCUGGCAUCUUCCAAGCUAGCGUCACCUUCAAUAACUACUACAGCUACUUUUCUUUUCCGGAAUUGGUCUUUUGUUGUCUCAUUUGGGCACACUUGUAAAACAACAAAUUCUGUAACAUGUCCCUUCUACUCCUUUAAUGGGACUUAAACCAGCAACCAUCAGGUUUGCAUGUACGUGUGACUUUUUCAUUAUUAUGAAUAUUGAUUAGCCAAUCAAAGGAUAUUUCCUUUGAGGAGAAUGUUAAGCAGAAGCAUAAAACAUAAACAUUUCAUAAGUAACCAGACGCUAAACAUGUACAGAGAAAACUUGAGCAACAACUACCAUUUAAAGGGCUGCAGACCAUUCUGCAUCACACAGGGUUACACGGGUUUGUGUUUCAUUUCUCUGCUGUUUGUAAAAAAAACGUUUACCAAGCGGCCAUAUUGGCUGUACAACAUCCCAGUAGCAUGUAAUAUCUAUAUAUCUAUGUAUAUGUAAAAUAGGGUUAGUGAUUGGGGUGAUUGACAGGAUAAAGAUGUUACAUUUCAGCAGAGGAAUCUAAGCAUUUAUAUGAUUUUAGAAAAAGUUCAGUUAUAUACAAGAGACUAAAACAUUUAUGCAUUUAUUAUCGGAAUAAUUUAUUGUCAUUUUCUAGCAGUGAAACCCCACAGAUUCCUUAUGGGUAAUAAAUGUUCUCCUUUUAAAACGGUCUUCCUCAAUUAAGAGAAACCUUUUGUAUUAAAAAGAUAAAGAGGACACACAGCGUCCACAGAGAGGUUUACUGUCCAAGGAAAGAAAUCUCAAAGCGAAAUCUCACGUGUUCCUUACCGUGUACCUGUGUGUUCUGGAGAAGUGCCUCCAGUCGUCCAGCGUACUGAACUCACGCCUGAUACCCAGAAUCUAUUCGUGUUCUUGCUUUAUUCACUAUUAAUGUCAAACUCUGCAUCACACAAAUGACCUUUAAGUCGAAAUGUAUGUAUUCAUUUAAGCAAGUUGAGGAUAUUUUAAUAGUUCACUAUCCAAAGUGUUGCUCUGCAUUCAGUUUUUGUAAAACUUUGGUGUUUGUUACAUUUUAAUAGAAAUUGUUUGGAUAUGAAUCUAUUUUUUCUGAUUGAUGUAUUUUGUCAGUUUCCCUCACCAAGAUAUGACAUUCCAUAUCAUCAUUUAAAUGAUAAAGGUAUACAUUUUUAAAAACUUUGUUAAACGUAUAAAUGUUACAAUUUUAUACCACAGUAUAAACCUUUUAGAGAAAUGUUAUUCACCGUUAUUGAGGGGAAUCGUGAUUUUUACUUGUAUACUAAAUACAGAUUCAGAAUGGGACUGUUUUUUAGAUGUUUUUUGUUGUCAAACGGAGGGUGUUAGCAGAGGAAACACAUUAACAGAGAAUUGAUUUAUUGGAUGGGGGAAGACAUUCAUCUUCAUGCUGGUCUGAUUGAUAUUUUAGCCUUCAUGCUACAUGUAGAGUUUUUGACUGUGGUCAGGUGGUCUGGUCACUUCUGUUUUUCUUCUGCCGUUUUUCUAGGUCAAGUUUCCCGUUACCCAAAAAUUUAGCCGAUAAUUUUCCAGCAGGUGCCCUUAUAGAAAAAGUAACAUUGCAUAAAUUAUUUAUAAUGCUUUAAAAUCCAUUAAAAUUACUUUUAAACUA